AUUUUCCACCGGACGAAUGCCCUUCUCUCGUUCGCAACGCCUCUUCGCCACGUGUCCUCCCUCCUCUCCUCUUCUCCCUAUAUAUUAAUCCCUUCACAACCAACACCUAUACCAAAAUAUCUCAAGAUGGAACUCGGAGGCAACAAUGGAGGAGGAGGCUUCCAUGGCUACCGCAAGCUCCCUACACCUAACUCCGAGUUGAAAGCAGCAGACAUGAGCAUGGGGCUGCCGUCUCCUCAAACAAACCCGGGCGGAGAUGAGUCGGAAUGCAUCGUCCGCGAGCAGGACCGGUUCAUGCCGAUAGCGAACGUGAUCAGGAUCAUGCGCAAGAUCCUCCCUCCGCACGCCAAAAUAUCCGACGACGCCAAGGAGACCAUCCAGGAAUGCGUGUCCGAGUACAUCAGCUUCAUCACCAGCGAGGCCAACGAUCGCUGCCAGCGCGAGCAGCGCAAGACUAUCACCGCUGAGGACGUCCUCUGGGCCAUGAGCAAGCUCGGCUUCGAUGACUACAUCGAGCCCCUCACUGUCUACCUGCACCGCUACCGUGAGUUCGAUGGCGGGGAGCGGGGCUCUUUGAGAGGGGAGCCACUCGUGAAGAGAAUGGUGGAUCACAACACCAUGGGAUUCCAUGCCUUUCCUCCGCCGGCUUUCCACCACAUUCCCCACCACCAUGCCUUCUUCGGAGCUGCGCCUAUGAAUUUCUUCAAGGACUCGCCUAAUGCCGGGCGAUCACAGGCUGCGGUCGCCUGCAUUGACCCUUUCCCUCAGCUUAAGGACCAAUUGUAGGGUU